AUGAAAUCGAUCUUUGGCGGCGCCAAACAACAACUCAGCAGCUGCAUGCAGCAGGACAGUGAUGAUACACCACCCGUUAUAUUGGUAGCCAACAACGAUUAUAACCACCAUCAACAUGAAAACCACUACCAACAGCACAAUGGCGGCUUUCAAGCGCCAACAAGGCGCAAUCAUUCGCCGCGCCACUACAGCCAACCGCAUACGGAGCUAAACGAUCACACCGCUAGCGAGCACAACAAUAAUAACAAUGUCAAUAGCAACUUUAUUACAGCCGUUACGACGCCCAUCACCGGCACGAGCACUUAUGAGACCUUACAGCGUCCCUUCAAGCACGAUCGUCGUCGCGGUCAAUGGUCAGCUACGGCAGAUUUUUAUUUUGCCUGCACAAGUCAUGCCUUCGGUUCGAUUAUCUUCUCGGAGGUGCCAGUUUAUGCGAUGAUUUUUGGUGGCGUUUUCUUUUUGCCGAUGUACUUGAUAGCGAUAUUUUUAUAUGCCAUUCCAAUUUUUAUAAUACAAACCUUCCUGGGACAAUUCUCAACUUCUGGAUUAAUUUCCGCCUUUCGUGUGGCGCCGCUUUUCAAAGGCAUUGGUUAUUCCAUACUGCUGCUAAAUUUAAUUUCGCUUGCCUACUACGGCAUUGUGGCAGCUGUACCACUUAUCUAUGCAGCCAAUGCUGUGCACACUGUGAUACCGUGGAUGAGUUGUGAUAAUGCGUGGAAUACGCCCAAUUGUUCGACACAUUCAACAUAUGACGCGGAUGAGAUCUCGCUGGAUCCGCAUGCGACUGUCGAGUUUUUUCGUUAUAUCAUUCUCACCGAUGAUAACACGCCGCACGAGUAUGUGAUAUCCUGGCCCGUGCUUUGUGGUGUUGUGGGUGUGUGGCUGCUCGCACUCGGCAUACUACUGAAGCGCGUCUCAUUUAUUGGUAAAUUUUUUCGUUGUAUAUGCAUCAUUAUGUUUGCCAUUUUCUUGGCGAUAUUCUUGCAUCUCAUCUGCUACAUAAGACUUGACUGGGACACUUUCGUGGACUACUUUAAGCCGACGCUGCAGAGCAGCUUCAGCGGCGUUUUGGGUGGUUUGCGCACAGCGAUUUUCAUGUCCACGUGGUUAUUAGGCCCCGGUUGGGGUAACGUACUCACACUAGCCAGUCAUAAUCGCUUUCAUCGCGACAGCGAAAAGCUGACCUACUGGGUGAGCGGCACACAUGUGCUGCUCGCUUUUAUGGCGAUGAUUUCUGGGCGUAUCGCUUUCGAUCACUUCGAAGAUCACGUAGGCUUCCUACACUUUCAUUUCGAUGAGGAACAUUAUAUGCAAUUUCUUUAUCUCUGCUUUGCAUAUCUUUUCGGUAGUUUUACAAGUCUGCCGAACUUCUGGUGUUUCCUUUUCUUCACCAUGAUUUUUCUAGCGGAACUAAGUGCAAUUAUUAUUCAAAUGAUGUCUGUGCUGACGGCUUUAUUUGAUGAGUACGAGCAAUUAAGAACAAAGAAAUCACGCAUUACAAUCGCUUUGACAUUGCUGAUGAUGACUGUGUCAAUUUAUUUUUGCACCAAGAAAGGCUUUGAACAUUUGGACCUGCUGCCCAAUAUUGUCAUACUCUCACAUUUGAUUAUCUCUUUCGUACUCCUACUCAUGACCACCUGGAUCUAUGGACGCGAACGUUUUCAAUGUGAUUUACAAUUUAUGUUGGGCAAAACGAUUUCCAGUUUUAAGAUAUUUCUAAUACGUUUUCUAACGCCCGCGUUCUUUGUGCUAAGCAUUAUACAAACACUUUACUUUUUGGAGCGUGACAACUCACCAACGGCACUGGUUAUCGUCAGUCAAUGUGUUAUAUAUGCCAUAGCGCCUGCCUAUAUGAUUUAUAAAAUUUGCCAAACCAAUGGCACAUUGCGUAAUAGACUGAAACAAUGCUUUGCACCGCACGACUGGCAUCCCGUCGAUGCUGAUAAUCGUCGCUUCUAUGAGGAGAUCAUGGGCGUCUCGGAAAUGCUAGUAAUGGAAGGCGGUGAAGAAAACUGCGCUGUGAAUGCUUAAAACUAAAAACAAUACAAGCAAACAUAUAUACAUACAUACAAACACACUUAUGUAUAACAAACGAACAAAUAAUUUUAAAAGUCAGAAAAAACGGAGGAUGUUCAUAGCAUUACGUAAAUUAGAUAAAGUGUCUGCUAUGAAUCGCAAAAUUCUAAAUGCGUUUAGUAAAACAAUUUCUUUAACUUUACUUUAAUUUUUAAAUGAAAGCAUUUAUGGAAUAAUGAAACGCUAUUUUUCAUUGAUGACGCAACAAAUAAUACGGAAAUUACGAUUUUUAUUAAUAAAACAUUAUAUCUAUACCUAAAAAAAAGUAUAAAACGAUCAUAUGAAGCCAUAAAAAAGCGUAAAUCUCUUUUGUACUGACUGAGCAUUAAGUAAUAUUAUAUAAUAUUAAGUUCGAACGCAUGGCACGCUCACAAAACUGUUUGAAAGCUAUGCUGUAACUUGAUUGAUUAAGACAGUAGGAAAUAACGCAUAUAUAUAUAUGUCCGUAUGUAUGUGUGCCUAGUUAUUGGUCUAUAUGUAAGCGCUUUUAUAUGUUCAACAUUUUAUGAAAAUCCAAAACCAUAUAUACGUAUGUAUGUAUGUUAGUAAUAAGUAUGUAUGCAGGGGAGUAAAUAAUAUUAUCGGAAUGCUUUGUAGUUUUUUAAGCUGCCUUUUUUUUAUAAGAGAUUAUAUGUCAAUUUAUAUACACACGAACUAAUUAUAUUAUACCGAAGUGAUAUAACAGUUAAGUAUACUCGAUGUUCAUACCAAUGCAUGAAUGUAAGUUUGUGUCUAGUAUAUAUAUGUAUAUAUGUAUGUAAGUACAUACAUACAUGCCGAAAUUAUGUACGUAAGUUAGGAUAUCAUGCAUCUACUACAGUUAUGUACAACAAUUGAUUACGAUAUGUAAACAUUUUGAAAGUCGAAAAGUUGGAAAUAGAUUUGAAAUGUGAAAAAAUA